AAAAAUGAAUAUUCAAGUUUAAUUUUCUAAAGUCAGGUCUCAUAAGUUCUCUUUCCUUUUAAGAAUGCUCUUCGGAAAAUAUUCUAUAGUAAUCCUUUUGCUUGCUACCUUUUUGGUAGUUAAUGCACAAAAUGAAUGUGGUCCAAAUGAAGUGUACACAUCUUGUGGAUCAGCAUGUCCAGAAACUUGCAACAGUAAACCAAAUCGUAUUUGUACAAAGCAGUGUGUCAUCGGAUGUGUUUGUAGAGACGGUUUUGUAAAAGGAAACGAUGGAAAGUGCAUACCAAAAUCGAGUUGCUAGGUAUCAUAUCAGUUGGAUACCAACCGGUCAACUACAUUAGCAGGAUUUUUUAUGUUCGAAUGCAUAAAUUUGUAUAUGUUAUUGAAAAAGUGAAAGUGAAGCCAGUGUAGAUGCAAAGAAAUAAAACCUUAACAGCAUAGACACAUUUAUGUAUAUAUGUUUAAAUAAAAGAUAAUAUUAUGUACAAAUAUUUUAUAUAUUUCAAUUUAUAUUGAACGAUAACAUCACUUUGGCAUUACUUUAAUCAUUUUUAUCUAUUAAUAUAUG